AUGAAGAAGGUUAGGGACAAAGAAGGCGAAGCAGACGCUCCUGGCAGACACUUUCGGCUUCCACCAUUCCAAGACGACAGGAGACUAGACAAAACAAAGAAGAUGCAGAUAAAGACACAGAAGAAAACAAAGAAGACGAAGACCACAUGGCAGAUGAAGAAGACAAAGACACUGAAGACUAAGAUAAAGGAGGCAAAGAAGACAAAGAUGAAGACUACAAAGAGGAAGAAGACAAAGAUGAAAACUAUGAAGACAAGAAGCAGCUCCCUGGCUCUGUCUGCGCUGGACGCCAACAGCGAUCGCGGCCGACAGCGACAGACAAGGAGAGUGACGAGCACAAAGGCAACUCCAACUCCCAGUCCACAGCCUCUUGCCCAGCUGGCAAGAGUCCCCCAGCGAGCAGUGGUCAGGGGCAGUGUCAGGUCAGUCCUGCCACUGUCAAAGACUGAGGAGGAGGAGAGGCCCUUUAUCAAAAUGGACUGCGAGCUUUCCCAGUGGGAAGAUGUGCAAGAGAGGCAGCAGAAAGAAAUGCCGAGAGUCCAAGAAACGUCCCAGCAGACAGCCAGGAGCAGCCAAGAGCUGUCCCAACACCAGAGUCCCCCGCAGGCCCAGCCGGCAGCUGCUCCCCCAGCGGGAGCUGCUGAGGAGGAGGAGUCCCCCGAGCCUCUGGCUCCUGGGGCAGAAGAGGCAGCAGAGCCUCCUGCCCCCAGGGAGGAGCUGCCAGCAGCAGGGACACAGAGCCCAGUCCCUGCCCCUCUCAGCCCCCCAGGCUGCAGCCAGGCUCUGCUGGACCUCGUGUGGAUCAUCAGCUACGUGAUCCUGAGCCGGGCACUGCUGGACAUCCAGGGAUCCGGGCAGCAGCCACAGGAGCAGAGGCAGCAGGGAGAAAGCCAGGACCCAGCAGUGGCAGGAAAAGCCACAGAAGAGAGGGAAGAGAGCCCCGUGCCUGCCCCCCAGAGCACCCCCAGGUCCGGGUCUGCCCUGCUGGGAAUCCCGGCCCCCAGGGAGCAGCCGGGGUGGGCAGUGCCAGAGUCAGAGCUGGCACAGGAAGGCCGCCAGGAGAGCUCAGCUUGGGACAGUGGCUGGGAUGCCUACAGCGUGGAGGAAGAUGAAGUGGAGUCAGACCUGUCCCAAUGGGGAGACUCUUCUCUGGAAGAGGUGUCCCAGCUGGGGGAUGAUGUCAGCCUCACUUCUUGGGAGAAGGUUGUGGGCCCAGUGAAGGAGGAGGAGGAGAGCCAGCCUUGUCCCCCAGAGGGGCCCAGCUCUGCCAGCCCCAUGGGCGCAGAGGUGGCAGCAGAGGAAGUGCCUGCCCUGCCCAGCACCUCUCCUGCCCCAGGCCGUGCCACGAUGGCCGAGCUGGCAGCUGCUGAGGAGGAGGAGUCCUCAGAGCUGGCACUGUCACCGCUGUCUCAGGAUGGCAGCUUUGAGACAUCAGUUUGGGACAGUGACAGCGAGGACUACUGUCAGGUAGAGGAGCCUGACUAUGAAGUACAGUCCCUGCUGUCCCAAUGGGCAGACGCUUCUCUCGAAGACGUCUCCCACCUGGAGGACAGCAGGAGCUUCAGUUGUUGCCAGAAGCGUGAGGGCCCAGUGAAGGGGGAGGACAGCCAGCCUUGUCCCCCAGAGGGGCCCAGCUCUGCCAGCCCCGUGGGCACAGAGCUGGCAGCAGAGGCAUUGCCUGCCCUGCCCAGCACCUCUCCUGCCCUAGGCCGUGCCACGAUGGCCGAGCUGCAAGCUGAGGCUCGCUCUGGAGCUGGUGGGCGGGUGGUGACAUGGCUGGAGCUGCCCAGGAAACGUCCCUCCCGCUUCAGGCGGGCGCUGCGGGCGCUGCGGGGGCUGUUCUGCUACGAUGACAGAGUAGACAAAGAAGAUGAAGAGAAAGACACAGAAGAAAACAAAGAAGACAAAGAUGACUUGGCAGAUGAAGAGACAAAGAGAGUGAAGAUAAAGACAAAGGAGGCAAAGAAGAUGAAAAAAGACAAAGGAGAUGAAAAAGAGGAAGAAGACAAAGAUGAAAACUAA